GCCAACUGUUGGCAUUAUGGUUUCCGACUCUGCAAGAAGUGCGACCAUGUGUUAAAAAGUUCUUCUCUACUCAUUGGCACAAGGUGGUUGAUCGCUCGUUCAGUCGAGAGACAUGCACAUCUUACAGAAUCACAACUUCGAAUCUCUGUUAUAGAGUGCCACUUGUGCAGCAUCUUGCUGCAGUCAGUACGUGAUGACGAGGGACAGUUCGAAAGGAAUAAAUCGACACUUAUAGCUUCAAAUCCUGCGGACGUGUGCAUUGUCAAAAUCUGGCAGGAAUGGGAUAGAAAGUCGGGUAGUUGGAUAUGCUUCCUCCAGCUGCGGGGGUCAUCUAGCCAAUUCCCACGAGUGCAAUCUACGAUACAACACCAGUUCACAAGAUGUAUUUAGGCUUGCUAAGGAAUGGAUCCAUGCCUGCAACAACCAUCCCAUGUGCCAGAAUAACUUUGUUUCGACCAGUAGACGAAGGAUCUCUCCCGAUCGCUUGGUGAUGCUCGAACAUGGGAUCGAUAAACCAAAGUUGCGGCUGAUUGAUACCGACUCAGAACGCCAGCUUGAAUACGCCGCAUUAAGUCAUUGUUGGGGGGGCGCCGAAAUCUUCAAACUCUUAUCCAGCAAUGAAGUGCAAGUGAGGGAUUCGAUCAAGUUCGAACUUCUAGCUCUGAACUUUCAAGACGCCAUUGAAGCUACAUUGAAGAUCGGGCUGCAAUAUGGAUUGAUUCACUUUGUAUCAUCCAGGACAGUCACGAUGACUGGACCAUCCAAGCCGCGAAGAUGGGGCAGUAUUAUGCAAACGCAGCAUGUGUUCUAUCUGCGACAGCAUCUGAGUCUCCGAAUGGUGGCUGCUUCUAUCCAAAAGAUCCUUUCAUUAAUGACUGUGUACUGCGUUCGGAUGGUAACGCAUCUCUCGUGGUCCAGUCAUGGAUGAGAAAUCAAUCUCUUGACACCCUCUUUACUCGCGAAGUAGAAGCUGCUCCUCUGACCACGAGGGGCUGGACAUUUCAAGAAAGAGUACUCUCUAAAUGUAUUGUACAUUUCUGUAAAGGCUUGGUUUUCUUUGAAUGCAAUACCAUGCGCGCUUCAGAAUACCACGACAAAGGGGAACUUUACUCUCGCAGAACUAAUGUACGCCAAGAUGGGAGGCUGCACGCAUCUGUCGUCAUAGAAGGGCUUCUGGUGAAAGAUGAUCAUUAUCAGAGACGAAACGUCACGAGAGUGAUUAGGGGAGUUUCAACAAGACCAAUCAGUCGACCAGCGAAAAACACCAUUCGUGUUGAGACAAAAGUAGCCAUCAACCGUAACUAUAAGUCACUAUCCGAGAAAAUGGACGAGUUGUCGCGUCUUUCGGCUCUGACCGGAGUGAGGGGAGCCUUUCAACUUGUCCUACGCUCUUCGGGAUCAGCCAUGGCAGAAAAGAUGGAGUGCCAUCAGUGUUGGUACGAGGUGGUGGAACAGUAUUCGGGGCGAGCUCUUACACGACAUACAGAUAAACUUACGGCUCUUGCUGGAAUCGGAGAUCUAGUUCAGGACCGCGGAGGUCAUAAAUUCGUCGCUGGGCUCUGGAUGCAAAAUCUCCCUUUGAAUCUUCUCUGGACUAGGCAUGAUUCAAAUCCGCCACCGAGAGAUCGGCCAAUGAGAAACUUGCCAACUUGGUCAUGGGCAUCGAUUGAUGGAGUGAUAUCCCACAGAUUGAAGUGGGCACCAUCAUACAACCUGGACCAAGGGGACACAGGAGCAGUUGAGAGGUUCAAAACAUCCUGGGAACAUAUCUCAAUUCUCAUAUCGGACGAAGAGACUGAAGUUCCAGUGAUCGUCGGCAGCCUCAUUCACAACGCUUGCCUGAGAAUCACUGGUUCUCUCUUCAAUUUCUCCACCGUCGACACUGAAUUCAUCCCAGACGUUGACACAAGCUCCACCGCUAGCGAAUUGCUUGGCUUGCCGAUUCUCCAAUUCAAAAAUAUCCAAGUUGAACCAAUUGGAAGCAAUGCUCAGGUCCACGGAAUUGUGCUACGUCGUCUUCCUGACAAAGUGGCUACUUUCGAGAGAGUUGGGUACUUCUGGGCGGCAGAAGAUGAAGUUGUCAAGAAAGUCUCGGAAGCGAUGCAUUCAAAAUGCGGGAUUCGACUUGUUUAAGACUAUUGAGCCAGCGCUAACUCGGUGGGAAGAGUACAUUUGUACUCGAUGUUCAUGCCGUGUAGCAAAGAGAGAUACUAUACUGUAACGACCUACAGAGGAAGUAUUAAUUACGCUUCUGACCACGUUUUCCCUUGUCUUUCAUGGCAUCUUUCUGAGCACGCGUUGCUUGUGCCUCCUCAAUGUCCUCAUAACUCUCCCAGAUUCGGAGCACGCAUACAACGUAAGGCAUUACCUCCGUACCUUAUAUGGAAAUGGGGAUAGGGAUUGGAAGGACUGAGUGGCAACUUCUCCAGAACUGCGAAACGUGGCUGCCUGUGGAAACUUCUAGAAGCACGCCACACUGCGCCACACUUCCACGUGAUAUAAAUAAAAAUGCGUAAUCAAAAUACGAUUCACGUGGCUGUGAAUACAAUACUAGGUAAUGGCAAUAAAUCCUUCCUCGCUUAUUAAGAUGCGGGCAUUUUGUAUACCACCCACUUUUGUCCGGAUAAAUUCGGCAGGCAGGU